GUGUGUUUCCGGGUCCAGCUGUCUGUUUUGCAGCGGGUCAGGUCGGUUCGGUCCAGCGGGUCCUUGAGCUUCUCUGUCAUUCCGGUUCCUGAUUCCCCACCAGCUGCUGGCUCUGCUCCAUGCCCGCCUCCGCUCACUGAUCCGCGGCGCUCUCUCGGUCCUCUCCUCCCCAUGGCCUCCAGAAGGCCAGACAGCUUCGACGGGUUCGGGUUCCGCGGCCGCGACGACCCGUACGGAGCGGGCUACCCGCCCCGGGGGCCCGGGUCCGCUGGGGACCUGCAGCAUCACCAGUGGGUCACCACCCCGCCGGACAUCCCGGGGAGCCGGAACCUGCACCCCGGGGAGCGGACACCGCUGUACGAGGAGUCCGAGCAGAGAGAACCCGGAGCCGGCUGGGGAGCUCCGCAGGCCGCGGGUGUUCCACCAGAGCAGCUGAACCGAUUCGCCGGCUUUGGGAUCGGACUGGUCAGUCUUUUCACAGAGAACGUCCUCGCCCACCCCUGCAUCGUCUUCCGCCGGCAGUGUCAGGUGAACUACCACGCCCGCUGUCAUCACCUGACUCCUUUCAGCACCGUCAGCGUGAUGUAUGCCAUCACUAAGGCCCAGGGAGUGAAGGCUCUGUGGAAGGGGAUGGGCAGCACCUUCAUCGUUCACGGCAUCACCCUGGGGGCCGAGGGCAUCAUCAGCGAGUUUACGCCGUUACCACGGGAGCUUCCUCACAGCUGGAGCUGGAAGCAGCUGGCCGGACACCUGCUGCUCAAAGGGUUAACCGCUGUGGUCGCUCUCCCUUUCUAUUGCUCCAGCCUCAUCGAGACCGUCCAGAGCGAGAUCGUUCGAGAUGAGUCAUCCUCCGGGCUGCUGGACUGUAUCCGUGAGGGUCUGACCCGUCUCCUUGGCGUUGGCGCUCCUCACAGCCGCCGUCUGCUUCCUCUCAGCUGCCUGCUGCUGCCCGUGGCUCUGCACGCCAUCCUGCGCUACGCUGUGGCAGCCAGCGCCCAGCGGGUGGCCCUGUGGUUCCACCAGCGCAGCAGGAAGCAGCGGCUUGAUCCCUCCAACCCCCUGGACGCCUACUUCCCCGAGCUGGCGGCAGCGUGGGUGGGGUCUCUGGUCGCCGACGUGGUUCUGUUCCCUCUGGAGACGGCGCUGCACCGCCUCAGCCUGCAGGGGACGCGCACCAUCAUCGACGCCACCGACGGAGCGGUGGAAGCGGGAAGCGGCGGCAGCCCGCUGGUCCUCCCCGUCAACACGCAGUACGACGGGUUCUCCGACUGCCUGCACUCCAUUCGCCGCAAAGAGGGCGGGCUGGGCUUCUACAGAGGCUUCGGGGCGCUGGUGACUCAGUACACGCUGCACGGAGCGCUGCUCGCUGCGGCCAGGACGCUGCUCAGGGUGAUGCUGCUGGAUGCUAAGGUCUGCUGAGGCUCUAUCCAGGAGAUGCUGUCGCCAUGACGACAGGACUUUCGCUAGCUGAUAAUUGGUCCAUAAUCUGCAUACUGGGAGGAAUCACGUGACUGAUUACUUUUCACAUCCCCUCCUAACGUCACUUCCUCACAGCACACAGUGUCCUACGUUGCCAUGGAAACUGUCUGAUCCCACUUCUUUUAAACUCAGCCAUCCUAUUGGUUGACAGAGAAACACAAGUUAUUUAAACAAAUGUGAUGUGAGCGAGCAUCAACCUCUGAGUGGCAGAUCUCUGUGUAAAAAAAAAAAAUUGUAUAAAAAUAAAACGUUCUGUGAAUUAAAAUGUAGAUUCAGAUUAAGUUAUUGGUUGCUUGUUAAUGAGUAAAGAAUUUUCUGGAUAAAUGUCUGGAAUGAUUUCA